AGCAAGAUGGUCGCGCUGUGCAGCUACGAGACCACGAAGCUGGUCCGCAUCCACAGCGUCCGGCUGGGUUCGCUUAAAUGGACUUUGAACGCAACGGUGCUCCUCGUUAUAUGUGGGCUGAUGUUGUGGAACAGGAAGUACCAACAAUUUGAUGGGGUGGUCAGCUCUGUGACUGCCAAGGUGAAAGGCGUGGCCUCCAUGCAGCUCCCCGGCGAGGGGGUGACCAUCUGGGAUGAGGCUGACUACAGCGGACUUUCGCAGGACAAGAACUCUUUCUUUGUGAUAACCAACCUCAUUGUUACUAAGAACCAAACGCAAGGACGAUGCCCAGAGCCUCCCUCCAGUGGUCGUCGGUGUCAACAUCACGAGGACUGCGAGCGAGGCGCCUGGGACCCUCACAGCCACGGUAUCCAGACAGGCUUGUGCGUAAGAUUCGAUGCAUUGACAAGAACAUGCGAAGUAGCGGCCUGGUGUCCUAUAGAAGAUAAGCACAAGCCACCUAGGCCUGCUUUGCUGGCAUCUGCUGAGAAGUACACGGUUCUCAUCAAGAACAACAUCCGCUUUCCUGCCUUCAACUUUAUCAAGAGGAACAUCUUACCGGAGAUGACGGAGGCCUACCUGAGCAGAUGUCAGCAUGCGAAUGACUCUUUGUGUCCAAUCUUCAUGCUGGGAGAUGUUGUCAAGUUGGCUGGGGAGAACUUCUCAACAAUGGCUGUGGAGGGAGGCGUAAUAGGCAUCCAGAUCAAAUGGGAUUGCAACCUAGACCAUCUGACAAGACGCUGCCUGCCUGCCUACUCUUUCAGACGUCUGGAUCAGAAGGAGAGCAACAAGACCCUCUCCCCCGGGUUCAACUUCAGAUUUUCAAAGUACAAGAUGGUGGAUGGUGUGGAGAAGAGGACUCUCUACAAAGUUUUUGGCAUCCGCUUUGACAUCAUGGUCUUUGGGCAGGCGGGAAAGUUCAGCUUUAUUCAACUCAUUGUCUACAUCGGCUCAACGUUAUCCUACUAUGCUCUGACAACUAUUCUGAUGGACUGGCUGAUCGGGACAAGCUCCUACGCGGCCGAACCGGGACAGACCUACUCCGAGAAGAAAGUGGAGUCCAUCCCAGACAAAAAUGAGCGUGUUCUGUGCGUAUCCUAUAUGGACGAGGACAACAUCCGUUUGGUGAAAAUGUCUCGCAAGAAACGCUUGCAGGACGCCAAGACCAUUCGUGUUCAGACACAAAGGGAGGACAUAGGACACAUGAUGGCCACUCUCUGUCUCCUUCGGGACCCUCAGUCCUUCACAGCUUCCUUCUCCAAAUCCCAAGGCCAUCCUCCAAAUUGGUGCAAGUGUGGUUGCUGCAGCGCCUCCGCCCUCCCGCAGGAGGAGUUGUGCUGCCGGCGCAGCAAUGAAGGCGCCUGCGUGUCCACCUCGGUGUUAUUCCACAAGUUUGCACUUCAACGCCCCCUCCUGGAGGAACUGCUCCUCUACCGAGACCCCCUCACUCAGACACCGCCCAGCGCAGCCGCUUUACGGCGCUGCGCCUACCGCCAGUAUGUGGCCUGGAGGUUUGGCGUCCCACCACCGGACACCCGUCCUGCCAUCCCACGCUGCUGUGUGACCAAAAUCAGAGAGGCAUUCCCUAGCCUGGAUGGGCGAUACAGCAGUAAUGAAGCAGAAAUAUGA